AUGGUGUAUGUAUUAACAGCUUGGCUCCAUGGUAAUCAACCGUCACGAAUAAAACAAUACCCAUAUCCAACCGCAAAUUUCUGGUCUUCUAUAUUAUCGUUAUUGCCAAUAUUUUUUCAACACCAAUUAUGCAAGUGGUUGACGGCGAGAAUUUUAACGGGCGCGGUAUCUGCUGUAUACUUUCCGGACCAUUUUCUGCAAGGAGCCUCGUUAGCUGCACGUCAAGUAUGCGCGGCUCUUUCCAUUCCAGUUGAUCGUGAUGACUUACAAUUGAUGUUGACUACAAGGUUUUACGAUAGAAUGAUCAAUGAACUUGAUAAAUUAGAAUCAGAGAAAUCUAAAGUGACCAUUGAUAUACCCAAAAUUUAUGGAAUAAAUGUUCGUGAUAUUUGGGUUACGCUUGGGCCUAGAAAAGCAUAUUCUGAAAAAAAUCGGGAAUAUCGCAUACUAAAAUGGAUGACAUUGACAUUGGCUAUUCGUAAGACUCAAGAUGAUAACAUGAAUGAAUCAAGGGCAAAAAUUGCUAAAAGCUUUAGUGAUGGGAUUAAUUUUAAAGUGGACGUGGAAAUAGAUGCUGAGGUCACAUACACAUUAAAAUCUGCAAAAGAUGAGAUUUUGAUAGACGAUCGUUCAAGAAGGCCGGUAUUGUUCCGAUUUGAAAGCCCUCAUUUUGAACCUACUGAUCGAAUAUAUUACAAAGUAUCUUCUGAUCUUAUUGAAGAACCACCAGUAAAUUGGAAUUGGCGUGUCGGAGAUAUUGAUUAUUUGUUGGAAAUUGAAGAAUUAGAAAAUGAAGCAAGGGAAGAGAAAGAUUUAAGUCAAUUGGAAGACUGA